AUGUUACCGAAUCAACGAUCCGGAUCGAAAAACAUUAUCGACCGACGAUGGGACCCGGGGGGGGUGGUAUCGGGACGGCUCGGGAACUCCUGUUGGCGGACGAUGGGACGGGAGCCGGUGUUGGUGGUGUCGGGACGGGCUCCGUUCGGCAUUGGACGGUCGACGGGGAUUGUACGGGGUGGGGCCGGUCGACAGUCUACGGGGACUGUAUGGGGGACGGGUGUUACGUCAGCGACACACAGCGUACGUGGAGUGUCGGGGAAGUGCGCAACCGUACGUCUGCGGGCCGCCGUAUUCCGCGCGCGAACUCCCGUAGAGUGCGGGGACUAUCUAUAUACAGGCUAUUCGAAAACCUUCAACCAAUAUGGCCAAGAAAAGGAGGCAAUAAGGGUUCUGCCUCAGGCUUUAUCCUAUCUUCUUUUGGCCUAUCUCUUAGUGGUCCGGCCAUUCAAGCAGUUUCUGUGGAUUCAGAUGACUAAAAGCUUGCCUGAGGCCGAAUUUCUCUUGUUUUAUGAUUCCAGGGUCUCUAAGGCUUUCUCCUCUCGGGUUUUAUCACGAUCCCUAAAGAAUCUAACCCAUAAAGCUCUUGGGUUUCGGCUGGGAUUGCAUGGUUGGCGCCACCUAGCUCAGGCGUUUAUUCGCUACGGCCUGAGUGAAGACCCCCUUGCCUAUUCAGGUAAUGAGUCAGAUGAGGAGGCUCUAGGGGCAGAACAGAUGCACCAUUCGAAGCUGACUGGCCUAAAGAUUUAUGGCCGUCAGACCUUCACUCUGCAGAACCUCACCCCGGACCACCAAUCCAGCCUGAUCCACUUUAGUCAGCGCUGGCAUGAAUAUCUAGGGUUGGGCCCGAAUCAGGUCAUCCUAAACGAGCUGUUUUAUCCCCAGAGACCCGAGGCAUCGGAACCCCGUAUUGCAGAUGGUAGUACCGGGGCAGAAUCUAGGGUUACUCAAGUAAUCUUUUACCCCAAGCAGCACCUCUGGUCCAAUUCCACUACCCAAGGCGGCCUGAGGCAUCUCCACCGGUGGAUAGAGUCUCUGUUGGUGAAUUUAAUCAUUAUAUGGGAGGAGUCGACGGACGAGACCCUAAGCCCUAGGCUAGUGGUGGUGCAGAUAGAGAGCCUAUUAAACCCUCGAUUCUACGCAUUUGCCCGUGAACUGGCCCAGAAAGGCUACCUCGACCGCAUUAUAUGGGAUGAAUGUCACCUGAUAUCUCUCGCCAAAGGGUAUCGAUUGGUAAUGCAUCGGGUGAAGCAAGCCCUAGCCCUACCAGUCCCAAUGGUCUUUAGCUCGGCCGAUCCUACCGCAACACCUUGA